AUGGACAUCGUCCACACCCUCGCUAGGCGCCAUCCGCGUCUCCUAGUCAUCCCGCAAUCCCACACAGCCAUUGUCUCCGCCAUCCUCCUCUCCAUCCUCUUCACCUGCAUUUACGUUGGUGUGCUCUACCUCCACCCUCUAACCCGCCCAUCACCGCGACAAUCUCGAGAUGCCCCUUCGGUGAUUCGAUUACGUAUCCGUGCUGUGUAUACAUCAUGUUUGAUAACCACGGCAAGCACGUUCUAUGCGUUAAGGGUACUUGGGGGGUUAGAUAUCCCGACGAGUUUGAAGUAUAUGGGUGUGUGGCCCGUGAAUCCGUUGGAUGCGGUAAAGGGUUUAUUCUUGACUAUGGUGUUAUUCGCGGGUCCGUUGGUUGAGAAGUUGUGGUUGGAUAGAGAUCCUAGGGAUAGUUUUGUCAUGGAUGUUAAGACUUCUUUGAGCAGUUGGAUCGGAUGGAGGAAUUAUAUCGUGGGUCCAAUAACCGAAGAAAUCACCUUCCGCUCUCACAUACUCGCCCUCCACCUCUCGGUCCCAAACCCUUCUUUAACAACUUUAAUCUUCCUAACCCCACUCUACUUCGGCAUCGCCCAUCUCCACCACUUCUACGAAUUCAGACUAACCCACCCGGACGUCUCCUUCCACUUCGGUCUGGUCAGAAGUCUCAUCCAAUUCACCUACACAACUCUCUUCGGAUGGUUCGCCGCAUGGGUAUUCUUGAGGUACGGAAGCCUUUGGACCGCUAUAGUCGUGCAUAGCUUCUGUAACGUCAUGGGUUUACCCAGGUUUUGGGGCGCCCUCGAGGAGGUUUGGAAGACUUGGGUGUAUUAUACGGUUUUGGUGGCUGGUGCCGGUGGCUUUUAUUAUGGACUUUGGAGGUGGACGGAGAGUCCGAAUACGUUGAUUGUGGUGGGCUGA